AUGGCACACUUGUGCAGCGAUGCGUUGCUGACUCCGGCGUGUGUCUACAUCCGUGUCCAAGUGGACGUCGAACAGAUCGACACCUUCCUCAACACAGAAGUGUUUGCCUGGCUAGGCUGCCUUUCAACAUGGAGGAUGUUAAGAGGCUUCGCUCGGUCAGCACACUUGCUUCAACGCCAGCGAGUUCACACUGGAGAGAGGCCGUUCACUUGCUCUGUUUGUGAGAAGGGCUUUACUAAUUUGUCCAACCUGCUGAGACGCAAUCAGAUUCAUACUGUCGAGAGACCUUUUAAAUGUACAGACUGUGGGAAGUGCUAUAAAAGUUCUAGGGAACCGACACGCCAUCAAAGUGUCCACGCAGAUGAGAGACCAUUCAAGUGCUCUCAAUGUGAGACUGGGUUCAAGCAUUCAUCUGAACUCACUCUACAUCGACGCACUCACACUGGAGAGAAGCCAUUCACCUGCUCUAUUUGUCAGAAGAAGUUCACUCAAUCAUCCCCACUUCGGCCACACCAGUGA